AUGGACUACCUCUACCAGAAUGCGCACGGGCAGGCUCCUCCCGAGCAGCUAUACUAUGACCAACAGGGGUUUGGCCAGAUACCUAUUUCUUACAUUGACGCUUCACUGAUCUCCGACUCUUGUACUCCCGUCGACCCAAGUCUCGAGUCAUACUCCCAAGUACAGUUCCAAGUGACAUGGCCAGGGCAUCAAACCCACCAGCUUCAACAAUACAUGGAAGGGCCGCGGACAUCCUUCUUCAUACCCGAUCAGGUUCACACGGCACAGAAUAUAAGCUACUCAGCCCAGACAAGCAACCCUCUUCCUCCGGCUUCGCAAAGGAGGCAUGGCUCUCCUUGCUCCCAGCAGACGUUGUCCAGCAGCGACUCCCAUAGCCCUCCCACUGAGAGCGACAUACUUCCGGCGACCCCUCCAGACUACUCGGCCACUUCUCCGUUCAUGCAACACAAACAAUACUCCGUCGACUGGGAAGCACAACAGCAAUAUCGAACUCACACGUUGCUUGGCAUGGGUAUGCAGGGUAGCGCUUGCGUCAACCCUCAUGAAGUAAACCUUUCCCAAGCCAUGUUCGAUGACGAUGUGAUCUCGACGAACCUCAACCCCAGCCGGACCUUCAGCUUCUGCACUGAGUCCGACGAUCUGAGUAUCGCCCAGCAUACAGGGGCAUACCCGUCAAGACAGAUUACCCCCGAACCUAUUAUCAAGAGCGAGAUCCACGUCGCCGAGCAACCCUUUGGGCCAGUCUACCCUGACCCUGAGCCCAGCGAACAAGAACCCUCCGAGUCGGCGAUCAAGGCUGAAGUCUCUUCGUUCAACGAUGGAGAGAAGGCCUUGGAUUUCGCGCCUAAAACUUCGAGGAAGCGUACUAGAAACCCUACUGUCAAAUCCCUUUCCAGCUCGACACCCGAGAGGAAGCGGCCAAGGGUCAACAGUAACGACAAUGGACAGACCCCCAACUUUACCGCACCAGUCCCUUCGUCUCGAAGGACCAAAAUCACCUGCACCGAGUGCAAGACUUCUUUCUCAGACGAAAGCACUUACCAGAAGCACAUGAAGCAGCACCACACUCGCCCCUUCGUGUGCGUCUUCAACUAUGCUGGAUGUCCGUCCACCUUUGCCAGCAAGAAUGAAUGGAAGCGCCACGUGAGCUCGCAACAUCUAGCACUGCAAUACUGGCUUUGCACUCAAGACGGCUGCUCCAAGACCACUAAUCCCCCAACUUCCCGGCGUUCAUCUUCUUCAAGUCCUAUCUCCCCGACGCCUCCAGCCCUGCCUAACGGCGCCAUCUUCAACCGAAAGGACCUAUACACCCAGCACGUCCGCCGCAUGCAUGUACCUCACAACGUCCGCAAGGCACAGAAGCAGAAGAAGCCGACUCCUGACUGGGACGAGCUUCUCAAAAGUCUCCAGACAGAAGCCGAAAAGACGCGCUGCGAUCUUCCACGGCACAUGAGAUGCCCUGCCGUCAACUGCAGCCAUGAAUUCAAUGGUCCCCAGGCCUGGGAUGAGCGCAUGGAGCACGUCGCCCGUCAUCUCGAACGCGCUGCGGACGGCAAGGAGCCCCCUGUCGUAUUUGGCGGCGAGGUCGACCCUACCCUUUCCAAUUGGGCCUCAAGUGCAGAAGUCUAUGUUGUUCGCAGGACAAACACCGCCCAGGGGUGGGAGCUCAUCAAUCCGCUCAAGGGCGAAGUUGGACCAUCUUCAGGGAAUGGAAAGCCUGGAAGUGGCAGCGGCAGCGUUCUUCCUUCGUCGUCACCUCUCAAGGAGAUUGUCGUUGCCGGCUACUCCGACGAGGACGCUGAGGGCGAGGACGAGGAGUAA